GGGAAUUCCGCGCAUGGGAUCGGCACCUGAGGUGGCGUGGCAGGGAUAUUUCACCAGUAAAAUAACCAGUUUUCUACAGCUACUUCAGCAAGAGAGUAAUUAUUUUGCAGUCCAUAAAAAUGUUCCCGCUUACUAAGGUUGAAGAUACCUAUCCGGCGGAUAGAGCCAGAGCAUCCCCCACAGCAACUACCCUGAGAAAGCCCAGGCCUUUCUCACAAACUCUCCUCACAAUAUCUGGCCUGGGAAGGGUGAAGAUGCCUUAAGGAGUAAGCACUGGGGUGUGUGGGGCCCACUAACAGGAGGAGGGAUUUAGAGCGUGGAAGAAAGCGCCAAACCAAGGCUCUCCCACCGGAACCACCGCCUCCGGUUCCUCUUCCUGUAGAGAUUUCUGCUGUGAUGGGCGUUUACGUUUAUGACCAAAGUGGACAUGGCUUAAGUUACUCCUCAGGAGAUGCUUACCUUUUAACAGAUUCUUGAAAUCCUAAAGGAAAGAGGAUGUUAAGAGGUAGGACGUUGGCAGUGGCCAGGGGCUGAAAGAGGGCCCCCCCCAGCGUCCUCCACCCCGCCUUGCUGAUAAGACUCAGUGCACCAGUCGGUGGGUGUAUCUUAGAUUUUACCACUCAACCAGCCUACAUCAGGACAGAUGAAUUGUCAGCACUCUCUUAGAUGCCUUCAGUAAACCAAGUAACUCUACAAGAGUUUGGACAACAUUAAUCAACCAAGGAGGAGCACAGCCCUCUAAAUCUCUGAGGAGAAUUCUCUGAGGAAUCAAAGCGCACACCUCUGCUCAUGGACAGACAGAACCAAAAUGCACUCUGAACAACAGACAGAGAUCCCUUCUGCCAUCAGAUGUCUUUCUGCUUGACUGAACUGCACCUGUGGUCUUUGAAGAAUACCUUACACAUUGGGGAUAGAGAUAUUGGGAUAUACCAGUAUUAUGACAAGAAAGAUCAAUCAGUCUCAGCGACAGAGCAUGGUAACUUAGAAGCAAAGCAGAAACUGGCAGAAUCACGAGAUUAUCCGUGGACUCUCAAAAAUAGACGCCCAGAAAAACUUCGAGACUCACUCAAGGAGUUGGAGGAGCUGAUGCAAAACAGUCACUGUGUGCUGAGCAAAUGGAAGAACAAAUAUGUCUGUCAGCUCCUUUUUGGUUCAGGUGUGCUGGUGUCCCUAAGCCUUUCUGGGCCGCAGCUGGAGAAAGUGGUGAUUGACAGAAGCCUGGUGGGGAAGCUCAUCUCAGACACCAUCAGUGAUGCUCUUCUCACAGACAGCUUUAUCAUCUUAUCAUUUUUGGCACAAAACAAACUAUGUUUUAUUCAGUUUACCAAGAAGAUGGGUUCUCCUGAUGUAAACAAAAGAUUGGAAAAACUCUCAGCUUUGGAUUAUAAGAUUUCCUAUUAUGAAAUACCUGGCCCAGUAAACAGGACAACAGAGCGUCAUCUAGCCAUCAAUUGUGCUCAGGAUACAGUUGUUUGCUGGUGGCCAUUGGUCAGUGAUGAUGUUUGGCCAUGGGCCCCCAUCUCUUCAGAGAAGGACAGGGCCAAUCUGCUGCUGCUGGGUUAUGCUCAAGGAAGACUGGAGGUUCUGAGUUCUGUCCGCACAGAAUGGGAUCCACUGGAUGUUCGUUUUGGCACCAAACAGAUUUACCAGGUGUUGACAGUGGAGCACUCAUUCAGUGCAGACAAAGAGCCCAUGGCUGACAGCUGCAUCUAUGAAUGUGUUCGCAACAAAAUCCUAUGUGUCUCAGUCACCAGAAUACCUCUAAGAUCCAAGGCCAUUAGCUGCUGCAGGAAUGUUACUGAAGACAAACUGAUCCUGGGCUGUGAAGAUUCUUCAGUAAUUCUUUAUGAAACUCACCGUGGAGUGACUCUCUUAGCCCAGGCUGAACUUUUGCCUUCAUUAAUAAGCUGCCACCCAAGUGGCACCAUUCUGCUAGUUGGCAGCAACCAAGGAGAGCUGCAAAUUUUUGAUAUGGCUCUCUCCCCUAUUAACAUCCAGCUCUUGGCUGAAGACUACUCACCCAGGGAGACUCUGCAGUUCAAUAAAUUUUUUGAUGUUUCCAGCAGUCUUGCCCAAAUGCAGUGGGUAGCUCCACAGGUUGUUUCUCAGAAGCCUGAAACGGGGGGCAUCUAUGACCUCCUCUUCCUCAGGUUCGACAGAGGACCUUUGGGUGUACUUUGGUUUAAAUUUGGUAUCUUCACACAAGGACAGCUGGGCCUGGUAGACCUCAUCUUCCAGUACAUUCACUAUGACGAGAUCUGUGAGGCAAUAAACAUCCUGAGCAGCAUGGACUGGGACACGCUGGGCCACCAGUGCUUCAUCAGCAUGAGUGCCAUUGUAAACCAUCUUCUUAGACAAAAGCUCACUCCCCAGAGAGAAGCACAGCUUGAGGCAAGCCUUGGAACCUUCUAUGCUCCAGCAAGACCACUCCUGGAUACAACUAUAUUGGAAUAUAGAGACCAAAUCAGCAAAUACGCAAGGCGAUUCUUCCACCACUUGCUCAGGUACCAGAGAUUUGAAAAGGCAUUUCUGCUAGCUGUUGACAUUGGUGCCCGCGACCUGUUUAUGGACAUCCAUUACCUUGCACUAGAUAGGGGUGAACUGGCACUAGCUCAAGUGGCAAGAAAAAGAGCUGGCGACAUUGAUGCAGAGUCAAUAACCUCUGGAGUUGAACUCCUGGGGCCUUUGGACAGAGGGGAUAUGCUAAAUGAAGCAUUUCUUGGCCUAUCUUUAACACCUCAAGGAGAAGACACAUUUCCAGAUAACCUCCUUCCCUUUUGUUCAAGCCAUAGACAUAUUAUUCAACAAAGAACACUGAAUGUCUCUUCUAACAGCAGACAAGUACUUGACAGAAGGAAUGAAUCUGAAAAAGACACCUGCGCUGAAUCUUUGAUGGAUAAGGCCUGUAUUAAAACAGGAGGAGAAAUAAGAGAUGACUCCAUAGGGCAGGAAAUUGGAGAUGGUGGUUCUCUCAGAAUGGUUCACUUUGGUUUGGUGUAAAUAUGAAAUUUGUGUUUUACUGACUAAAACCUCCCUGUAUGGAGUAAAAAGAGGAAAGACAGUAUAAAUUAGUUAAAAGUUUAAAUUCAGAGAGUUCUCAAAGUAAAGUUUUGUUCAUUUCAAAAGCAUGCAGCAUAAUGGCAAAGUGAUCCUAAGUAAAAGUGCUUAGUUUACUUUCAAUAAUGUAAAAUUUUGGAAGGUUCUUAAAUUGUACAUUAUGUGGUGCUUUAAAAGUUGAAUACUUAUAGACUUGGUUCUUCCAAGUAUUUUAAACAUUUGCUCUUGUUAUCUUGUUUACAUCACUGAUUUGCAUUAUGAAUAAAGUAUUAAGCAAAAUUUCAGCCCAGACCCAUUGUCGGAAGACAAUUUUCCAUGGGUCUCUUGAAUUACUGCUAUGAGGCUCUGACUCCCCUUGGAACAAGAGACUGUCUCCCUGUGGAGCACAGGGCAGGCACACUUACUACCCAGUUAUAAAAGAUCUGAGUUCCCUAAGUUCAGAUUUGCUAUCCUUUACACAGCCCACUGAGUGUGAAGAUGUCAUCUAUCCCUCUUUACAUCACGUUGUAGGAAUGGGGCUCACUAAAUCAAUGCCUCCUUCCCCAGAAAAAGUUGAUACUUUGGGUACUAUCAUUGUGAGGAGUCAAGAGUCCUUCAUCUCCAAUCAAGGAGCCUCAUGUGUUACACCAGCAUGAAACUAUAGUUUGAUAACUUGUUAUCUUGCAAGUAGGGUACAAAUCUCAGACCCUUCAAAGUUCUUGAUGCCCAUUCAUUAGUAGAAAGCAUAUAUUUUACAAUUGUAAAAGUCUGUAAUAGUGAACAUCUUUUUCAAAUAUUGUACAUGAGGUAAAUUAUAUAUUUAAAUCUAUAGUUAAAAGCUAAUCAGAUUGAAGGCUUUUUUAUACGUUAGGUAUUUCUCCCUUCUUCCUGUUCAUCUAUAUACCUCUAACCAGAGGCAGAGGAGAUGAAACUCAAAUUACAGUUUUCAAUUUGCUACUGCUCUGGAAAAGUUUUAGUAAUACAUAGUAUGUAAGCCAUACUAAAAAAAGAUGUAGAGCUACCAGCAAGUUUUCAUUGUACUAUUCCCAUCCUUCUUUAUCACAUUAAUCAAAAGUUAACUUUUUAAAGAAAAAAUUGUACUGAGAAAGAUACUUUUUUUUGUCAAGAUGGCAACAUUUUCUCCAGAUUUUCUAGUAAAUAGUCAUUAACAAAAAAUACGAACCACAUUUCCUGAUCUACCAUACCCUUUUGUUUAUUUGACCACUGAAUUCUUCAACUAGGUGAGAGACUAGCAGAAAAGUUGAGUGCUAUUUCUAGGUCCUAUGUGAGCAGAUCACAGUCUAUACUACAAAGUAAAAAUGUAAAUGAGAAAAGUAAAUUGCCCAUUUUCCCACUUCCCAUGCCUCUGGAAAAAUUAACUCAGAUAUAUAGAAAACCAAGGUUAGAGAGUAGUAAAAAUGCAUUAUGUGUGAGAUCUUUGACACUGUCCAUGGUUUAUAAAUGUUGUGUUUUUCAAAUGCUGGGAACCCUGGAGUGUUUAGUAAUUAAAUAUUCCAAUAAACUGAUAUUCCUGUUCUGCUACAGACUGGCAGGACUAUGAAUGAGCAACCACAGCUCUGAAGUGAGGACAGUGGCAUAGCCAAGAAACCUAGGGAGCACCUACACCUACACCUGCACCUGCACCAGCACUGACAGGUCCAUGGUUCUCUCCUUUAGGAAUAGGAUCAUAAGCUCUUCCAACUAUUCUCCAAAUUCCCAGGCCCCAAAUAAUUCCACAAUAAUUCGUAUUAGCUCUGACAUUGUGCCUAAUUAUUAAAAUAGACUAUGUUUGGAAUACUUGUUAUUGAAAUGGUUUGGUUUAUUAAAAAGUCAAAUAACAAAACUGAGAUUAUACUCACACUGUCCUGCUCUGUCCCCCGGGAAUCAUCCCUUUGGUGUAUCUACGCUGUACAGUAAGUCUCCACUUAACAUUGUCAAUAGCUUCUGUGACUUUAAGCAAAAUGAUGUAUAACAAAACCACUUUCAUCACAGGCUUAUUAGUAUGAACAAGAGUUAAGUUCCUACAACAUCUUAUCAAUGUUAUAAUGAGACAACACCAAAUGACAUUAUCCAAUGACCUGCUAUAUAUAGGGUGAGGCAAAAGGAGGUUUACAAUCAUGAAUACGUGCAACACAGAGCUUAUUCCUGUAUUAUUACUUAUCAUUGUAUUAUCUUCCAUAUGAACAACUGUAAACCUCCUUCCUGCCUCACCCUGUACACUUCCUGCCCACUGUUCACUUAGUAGUCAUCUCAGUUAUCAGAGUGCUUUUGUUCAAAUACCCCUUAUUUUAAUUAAUAAUGGCCGCAAAGACCAAGAGUAAUGAGAAAAUUAAAGUUUAAGAUAAUGUAAAAACUCAUAUGAAAAUAAAAAAUACUCUUAUCAAGUGUGUUACUCCAGUAAAGUGAGAAGAAUUCAAAUAAGGAGCAACUUUCCAUGAAUCUCUAUGAAAGUUUGAGAAAAAUGUGUUCAUGAGGGUUAUUUAAAUUUAAUUUGGAGACAUAUACAUCAACCAAUCAAGAAGCAUGUCAUUCAUCCUGCAUAAAAUUAUUUAUCCAUUGAGCUUUUUUUUUUUUUUUUUUUGCUGAAUUGCAUCCAUAUUUCUGUCAGCUCAAGUGAUGAUCUAUAUAUGAGGGAUUAAUCUGACACAAGACAGUGAAGCUUAAUCCUUGGGUAUAUCAUAAUCUAUUCUGCAUGCUAAGAGGAUUUCAAAUUUUACAAUUAUACAGGAAGCAAUACUAUAAAUGUACAUUGAACAAGAAUGAUUUUCCUAAAAUAGUAGGUUUUAAUGUCUCUGUAACAUGAAUGGAUUUAUUUAAUAAUGUCAAAAAUUUCCAAAACUAUCUAUGUAACAUGAAUGAACUUUAUUUAUAAAUGUAAUAUUUAAAAAUAAAGAAAAAAUAAAUGUCAUUUAAUUUUUA